AUGCCAACUUUCUGGCCGUCAAUUACCCCAGAGCUUCGAGACUGGGCUUUGCGCCAAAGCGUCUUUUUCGUGGCCUCUGCACCUCUGCAAGGACGACAUGUAAAUGUGUCGCCCAAAGGAUUUCCUGACUCGUCUUUCGCCAUCCUUGGUCCUAACGAGGCAGCUUAUGUUGAUGCCACCGGCUCCGGGAGUGAGACCAUCAGCCAUGUGCGUGAGAACGGUCGACUUACCAUCAUGUUCUGCUCAUUUGAUGCCUCGCCAGGCAUCGUGCGCUUCUUCUGCACUGGAUCUGUGAUCGAGUACGAUGAGCCUGAGUUCCCUGGCUACCUCGAGCGGAUGGGAGGCAAGAAAGUGGUGGGAGCGCGGGCUAUCAUCCGUCUGAAUGUCUUCAAGGUCCAACGCUCUUGUGGUUAUGGUGUCCCGCGAUUGUCCCUGCAAGUCGACCCCGAAACCAACAACACCAAGCCGUAUCUCCAAGAUCGCGAUACCCUAGGCCAUUGGACAGGCAAAAGAGUCGAGUCCAAUGAGCUUCGCACAUAUCAGAAGGAGUGGAACGUACGAAGUCUGGACGGGCUACCUGGACUACACACUGCGCUAAAGGAUAACCAUCAGCUUGUCUGGUUGAAGCAGUUGGGCAACUGGACUCGUCGUCACAGAGACGAGAUCGAGAUGGUCAAAACCUCCAUUCUGUUGUUGUUUAUUUCUAUGGCUUUCCUGCAAUGGGCAGGAUACGUGUAA